AUGUCUGACAAUGCCGAGAGUUCUAGAAAAGUUACAAAAAGAUUAGAACGGGAGCGUCAAGCAAUUUUGGCUAGUAUUGUGCAUCAACCCUCAGCUGUACGCAUUUCUGAUGGGGGUUCAAACUCCCCUCAUACAUCCACAGGUGACCAAAAUGUAGGAGUUGGUGAUCCUUCAUCCAAUCAUGCUAGUUCUCAAGUCCCUACCCCUACGGACACCGCAACAAGUGCUACCAAACGAAAGGUUAGGGGGAAGUCUACAUUGUGUGGUAUUGGUUCAUCACAAGAAAAGAAGCCCCGUGUGGAAUUUGAUGAAAAUGAUCAUCCAAUUGGGAAAAUUGGUAAGAAAUAUAAUUCAGCCCUUCCGAUAAUAGUGCGGGAGCUAGUGCCGGUAACUAUACGAAGAUGGAACACCUUACUAGAGCAAUUCGGAGAUGAAUUAUGGGAGGCUAUACAGUUGCGGUUUAAUGUUGACGAUAGUGCAUCCCGAUACUCAUUUCAAAAGAUGGGAGCUGCAUGGCGCACCUAUAAAUCAAUUCUGACAAGUGAUGUGCUGAAGGUGGGAAAAAACACACGAAAUUUACAACUCAUGAAGCCUCAUAAUGUGCCCACAAUGGAGGAGUGGCUAAGUUUUGCUAGGCAGCGUUUAUCAAAAGAGCAUGCUAAAGAAAUGUCAGACGCGCCCGACUCCAUUACAAGAGUAGACGUGUGGAUUAAAGCGCAUAAAAGAAAGGACAAAAGUUAUAUAAAUGAAGCAGCCAAGGAGGCAGCGGAACAAAGGGAAGAAUAUACCAACACCACUCAAAGUACAGGAAUUCAUGAUGAUGCAAUCUCACAUGUAAUGGGUCCUGAACAUCGAGGAAGAGUGAGAGCAUUAGGAUUUGGGGUAACAAUGACAAAAAUAAAUGCUCAGAAUGAUGUUUCUCGAAAAUAUGAUCGGACAAUUGGUUCCUUGGAACAACAAUUGCAGCGACAACAACAAAUACAACUGAAAAUGCAACAGCAAAUAAAAGCACUCAUGGAGUAA